AUGGUUCAUAUCACGUCUACCCUGACUGUCAGCCUUCUCGGCUUGACCGGCGUCGUUUCUGCGCACCCCGGCCACGAUCACAAGUCCGAGGCGACUGAGCGCCGUUCAUUCAUGCAGAAUGCGCCUCUUCAUGCACGAAGCCUUGCGCAGUGUGCCUCCCAAAUGAAGGCCCGCGGUAUCGAGAGCAAGAGCAUUCUUCGUCGCCAGCAGACUGUCAAGCACUUGCGCCAGCGCCGCGGUCUGAAGCCCGAUACCGGGUUCCUCAAGGCUCGCGAUCUCGACACCCUCCUGAACACUUCCCACCACUCCAAUUUGACGAACAUCGACCAGACGACUAACCCCGAGAUUCUGUUCAAAUCUGAGGGCACCUGCAUUCUGGCUCCCGAUGUUACCCAGGGUCCUUACUACGUCAGCGGUGAGCUGAUUCGCGAGAAUAUUGUCGAGAGCCAGAAGGGUGUUCCCUUGUACAUGGACGUUCAGUUGAUUGACACCAACACAUGUCAACCACUGCCCAAUAUCUACACCGAUUUUUGGCACUGCAACGCCACUGGUGUCUACUCCGGCGUUGAGGCUAGCGGCAACGGUGAUUCCUCCGAUGCCACAAACCUGGAUGCUACUUUCCUCCGCGGUAUCCAAUCUAGCGACAAAGAUGGUGUCGUCCAGAUCGAAUCCAUCUUCCCUGGCCACUAUACCGGCCGGGCUACUCACAUUCACGUCCCAUUCGAUUCGCUAAGAGAUUUUCCACCAACAGUCCUUACCCACCCCGCCAACGGGACCACUGUCCUUGCUAAUGACACAAUCUCGGGCCUGUACAGCUCCCACACCUCGCACGUGGGCCAGCUCUUCUUCGACCAGGACCUAAUCACCAAAGUCGAAGCCACCUCUCCCUACUCUACCAAUACUCAGGAUCUUACCACAAACGCCGACGACAGCAUCCUCUCUGAGGAAGCCGACACCAUUGACCCCUUUAUGGAGUACGUUCUGCUAGGCAACAGCGUCAGUGACGGUAUAUUCGCCUGGAUCACUGUCGGUGUUGACGCCACUGAGGACAGCGAUGUCACACCCGCCGCUUACUACACUGAGCAGGGUGGUGUUGAAAAUGACAGCGCUUCUUCCGGUAUGGAGGGUGGUCCACUCCCUGGCUCUUCACCUUCUGCUAGUGCUGGUGCCAGUCGCAGCACUUCUGCUUAG